AUGGACGUAUUCUAUGCCUAUACCUAUGGAACAGCUGGCUGGUUGGGCAUACAAGCCGUCCCAUUGAUUGCGAUGCCCAAAUUAGUUAUCACAGUGUUAGCCAGCGGUGCUUUACAUCAGACGACCGAGCUUGAGGUUUACUUCAGCCGAUCGCUGGGGUUUGCUCUAUUGUUGAUCGCAUUGAUUGUCCUGUUCUUCACGGGCACAGUACCAUUGUCAUCGAGCAUCACAGAGCCGGUCAGUCUAGAGGACAACGACCCCAAAGCACCGUAUGCUUUGCCAAUCCUGCGUAUCACCACGUUCUUCCAUGCGCUGAGCAUGAUCUACUGCUAUGGGCGAUGGAUCAACUACCGACAGACUGGUUAUCUACUUGGGACUAUCGGGUACGCAGCAAUGGCGAGCUUCGGCUUGUGGUGUGUGGUUUUCGGGACCUCGACAGGCAGAGUUUCGAAGCGGACAGGAGCAGACAAGCGCAUGGCAGGAUUCCCGUUCAAGAACUCAAGUGCGUAUGACAAGAAGAAGGACCGGAAGAUGGGUUGA